UCCCCAGCACCAGCUGGGGACCCGACAAAGUCCCGUACUCUGUCCGCGCGCGUGGUCGCGACCGCCCGUCCGUCCUCGAACUCUGAACGCGAGGAAGUGUUUUGCAUUGUCUUGAGCGUAUUCAUGGGGUGUGAUGAAGAAGGUGAAGGAUCGACUGCCGUGCCCGACUCUAAAGUAGUCGAGUCCCUGCGCGAUCUCGUCCGGAAGCCCAUGAAAGCCAUCGCGCCCCGCUAUCCAGUGCCGACGGUGGGAGAGCAGGGAACGGCGGAAGGCAAGGCGGUUAGGGACGACGGCUAGCAGAACCGCUGCAGGCUGAGGGGCAUGGCCCGCUAUGCGACAACGGUGGCCCGAGUGGCUGAUGGGUGUGUAUGGGCCGGUAUAAUUUAGCAGGC